UCUGCUAAUGCAAGUCCUCUUCUACCGUCGGAUUACUGCCGUUACAGCACGCUAAGGGACAGUUCAUGAGCAAUAAAACGUCGAAUAAAGCCAAGACUUCCAAUUCCAGUUACCAAAGUGAGUAGAGAAGAGACCCCUUUAAUAAACAAAUGGAUCAGUCUUUGCCAAACCGUCAGCAAGGAGGAGACCCUCAGCAUGCUGUACCAGUGGGGACCUUCAGGCAGGGUAAUAAUCCCACUAUGGAGAAAAGCACUGUCAGCGGGGAUAAAGUCCAGUUUGGAAGGCAGCGGCGACGCACGCGUUUAUCAGAGAGCCACAGCUUUGGGGCUGAAGAGGAGUGGUGGAGCACCUCCAUGGAAGCGAGCAGCUCCUACGGUCAAAGCCCCAUCCUCCAGGGCAUGCAGGCAGAAGGAAUCUUGUACAACCGCAGCGCCUAUGAGCAGGCCGAGAGCAACUACCAACGGCGGCUCGCCUCUAAUGGCAACGGACCGCUGUCAUCCUCUCCAAGGAGUCCAAACACCAGAGGCUACAUGACCUUCCAUUCUAGACGCAACCUUGCUCAACAGCAGGAUGCUGGGCACCCUGUCACCACUGUGAAGGCCUCUGGUACCCCCCACCAUCAGUACAGUAGAGGCCGUGACCGCACCUCCUCUGAGACGGAGCAGGGGGGCAAGGGCAGCAAGGGGCCGACCCAGAGGAAGAGGGGCCUGUCUGAGACGAAAAGCAAGCCCAGAUGGGAGAAGUAUGGCACGUCUCGUACAGGGAAUGGCAGAGACGUGAUUACCAACAUGAGUGGAUUGCAGUGCCUUGCCUCAGAGAACAUCUGGUUUGACAAACAGCGCUACGAUGAGGCGGAAAAGUGCUUCUACGAAGGAGCCAACGGACCCUCUACACAGGUGAAAACUUCUCUGCAGCAGCCCAAGGGGCGCCAGCAAAAACGGCAGCACAGAAAUUCAUCCUCACAUGCAGGCGACCAGGAGCUGGUUUCGCGCAUGAAGAGCAUGGAACUGGAGAACCAAACUCUGCACAAAGUGGUGGAGGAGAUGAGAGCAGCCCUGAAGAAGCUGGAGUCCAGAGUGGCUACGCUGGAAAAGAGCCCAGCAGCUGUCCCAUGUGCUAAGUCUGCUCCAGUCAAGGCUGUUCCUGUCAAACCGGUAAAGGUGGAAAACGGUGAUGACGAUGACAUUGACUUGUUCGGCAGUGAUGAGGACGACGAGGAGGCAGCACGCCUUAAGCAGGAGCGCGUGGAUGCCUAUGCAGCCAAGAAGUCCAAGAAACCUGCCCUCAUCGCCAAGUCAUCUAUCCUGUUGGACGUCAAGCCUUGGGAUGAUGAGACUGAUAUGGUGAAGCUGGAGGAGUGUGUGCGCUCCGUGCAGAUGGACGGGCUCCUGUGGGGACAAUCCAAACUGGUGCCAGUUGGCUACGGCAUCAAAAAGCUGCAGAUCAACUGCGUGGUUGAGGAUGACAAAGUUGGCACAGACAUUCUGGAGGAGGAAAUCACCAAGUUUGAGGACUAUAUCCAGAGUGUAGAUGUUGCUGCCUUCAAUAAGAUCUAAGCUCCAUAAGCUGUUUACCUGCUGCUGCUCUGGUUUGCACGGUUAUUAAAGUUUUGAGCACAAACCUCA